AUGCACCCUGCAGCCUUCCUGCUUUGCAUGCCUAUGGCCACUGUGCUGUGGGGAGCGGCCCCCAUCCGGGGGCUCAUUCGAGCGACUUCUGACCACAAUAACAGCAUGGACUUUGCAGACCUUCCAGCUCUCUUUGGGUCUUCCUUGAGCCAUGAGGGACUUCGCGGAUUCCUUGUGGAGGCUCAGCCAGCCAACGCCUGUAGCCCCGUUGGCCCGCCACCCCCGGCCUCGGCCAACGGGUCAGUCUUUAUUGCACUUCUUCGGAGAUUCGACUGCAACUUUGAUCUCAAGGUCCUAAACGUUCAGAAGGCUGGGUAUGAUGCAGCUGUGGUACACAAUGUAAAUUCCAAUGAACUUCUGAAUAUGGUGUGGAACAGUGAGGAAAUCCAGCAGCAGAUCUGGAUCCCGUCUGUGUUUACUGGGGAAAGGAGCUCCAAGUACCUGCGUGCUCUCUUUGUCUAUGAGAAGGGAGCUCAUGUGCUUCUGGUCCCAGACAAUAACUUCCUCCUGGGCUAUUGCCUCAGCCCUUUCACAGGGGUUGUGGGACUGCUGAUUUUGUCCAUGGGAGCGGGGCUGAUAAUUCGUUUUAUCCAGCACCAGAAACAGCUCCAGCGGAAUCGACUGACCAAAGAGCAGCUGAAGCGGAUUCCUAUACAUGAUUAUCAGAAGGGAGACCAGUACGACGUCUGUGCCAUCUGCCUGGAUGAAUAUGAGGAUGGAGACAAGCUGAGGGUCCUUCCCUGUGCUCAUGCUUAUCACAGCCGCUGUGUGGACCCCUGGCUCACUCAGACCCAGAAGACCUGCCCCAUCUGCAAGCAGCCUGUUCAUAGGGGUCCCAGAGAAGAGGAACAGGAGGAAGAAACUCAGGGGCAAGAGGGUGAUGAGGAAGGGGAGCCAAGGGACCACCCCGCCACAGAACGGACCCCCCUUCUGGGCUCCAGCCUCACACUUCCCACAUCCUUUGGCUCCCUAGCCCCAGCUCCGCUUGUUUUUCCUGGGUCUUCAAUAGUUCCAUCACCCUCCCCAUCCUCUUCUUCCUCUUCUACUGUUGUCCUGGUCUGA